AUGGAGAAGCAAAUACGAGAUUUGUACACCGUGAAAAAAUUCGGUGAGUUCCAAAUGGAAAUCAUUAGAAUAAUGUAUUGUGGCAUUAAAUCAAUGGAAAGAGGUGGGUAUUCUACUCAAUAUAUUAUAUAUGAAGAUGUUGUAUAUAACGAAGGAGGUAGGAAGAAGAUGUUGUUCACUGUUAUGUACAAUGAAGUUGACGUCAUUUGUUCUCGCAUGAGGUUCGAGUUCAAGGGAAUUUUAUGCAGGCAUGCUCUGAAUGUUCUGUUGUGCAAUGAUCAUGUUAUACUUCCGGAUAAAUAUGUAUUUAGGCGGUGGAGAAAGGAUGCAAGAGGUCAUAUGCGGGUAAAGAUCAAGUUUAAGGGUUGUAUAGUGUCGACAGAGCAACAUAGGUAUGACACUAUGUGUAAAUCCUUCACAACAUUGACAGAUAUUGCAUCAGAAAAUGAGGAAUCAUAUGUCAAAGUUAUAUUAUGGAUUGAAUCAUUAGUGAGAAAUAUGACAGUUAUCCAAGCUACACAUCUCGUACCAUGUUCAGCUGUUUCGAAAGAUUCCAUUACCAAAAGAAGUAAAUGA